CGGCGCUUUCUGAUUGGUCGCGCCAAGACGGCUCCUUCCGAUUGGCUGAGCCGUUGCCCGGUGACGGCGGCUGGCGGCUAGCUACGGGCGCCAUGUCGGCGCGAACGCUGCCGCUGCUGUUCCUCAACCUGGGUGGAGAGAUGCUGUAUAUCCUGGACCAGCGGCUGCGCGCCCAGAGCAUCCCAGGCGAGAAGGCCCGAAAAGAUGAAUGGACAGAUGUGGACAGGAAACGAGUUAUGAAUGACAUCAUCACAACCAUGUUCAAUAAAAAAUUUAUGGAAGAGCUGUUUAAACCACAGGAACUCUAUUCCAAGAAAGCUCUGAGAACCGUGUAUGACCGGCUAGCUCAUGCUUCAAUCAUGAGACUGAACCAGGCCAGCAUGGAUAAGCUGUAUGAUCUCAUGACUAUGGCUUUCAAGUACCAAGUCCUGCUGUGUCCCCGGCCCAAAGACAUCCUGCUGGUCACGUUCAAUCACCUGGAUGCCAUCAAAGAUUUCAUCUGUGAUGCCCCUGCCAUUCUGAACCAAGUGGAUGAAACUUUCCGACAGCUGAUUGAGGUGUACAGCUGUCUCUCUGCUGGUGAAUUUCAGCUCAUCAGGCAAACACUCCUCAUUUUUUUUCAGGACAUGCACAUAAGGGUCUCCAUCUUUCUGAAGGAUAAAGUGCAGAACUCGAAUGGUCGCUUUGUGCUGCCAAUAUCAGGCCCUGUUCCUUGGGGUACAGAAGUACCAGGAGUCAUCAGGAUGUUUAAUUGCAAUGGAGAUGAAGUUAAAAGAAGCGAGUUCACCACUGGUGGAAAUUAUGUCACUCCACAAAGGGAAGGAUCUUUUGAGCUUUAUGGAGACAGAGUCCUCAAACUUGGAACAAACAUGUACAGUGUUAGUCGGCCAGCAGAGACACACACGUCAGGAUCAUCCAAAACCUUGGCUUCCAGUGCAAAGGAGAAUGUAGCCCCAAACCCUCUUGCUAAAGAAGAACUGAAGUUCUUAGCCAGGCUGCUGGGAGGUCUGGAGAUCAAGAAACCUGGUGGCAGCGAGACGGGAUUUCGACUGAAUUUAUUCAUGACAGAUGAAGAGGAAGAGCAGGCGGCGCUAACGAGACCUGAGGAGUUAUCCUACAAGGUUGUGAACAUCGAAGCCACCGAGGAACCGGCGCGGCGAGCGGAGCUGGAGCGAAUCCUGGGAGACCUGGAGGUGGCGGAGCCGUGCGCGGAGAGCUGCGGGAAGGGCGAGGACCUGCUGGCGCUGAUGGACGGGCUCUGCAUUGAAGCACGUGCUGGUGCCCAGUCCUGGAGGUCGAGGGGCACAGCAUAGCAUCUCCCUCCGUUCAUCUGCCACAGCCGCACCAUGGAGGUCAGCCAUUCAGUCAAGGAGCGCACCAUCGCCGAGAACAGCCUGGUCAUCCUGCUGCAGGGCCUGCACGGCCACGUCACCACCGUGGAUCUCCGUGAUGAGAGCACGGCCACGGGACGGGUGGCCAACGUGGACGCCUUCAUGAACAUGCGCCUGGCCCAGGUGACCUUCACAGACAGGCGAGGCGUGGUGUCACAGCUGGACGAGAUCUUCGUGGCCGGCAGGAACGUGCGCUACGUGCACAUCCCCGACCAGGUGGACAUCAGGGCCACCAUCGAGCGGCAGCUGCAGGCCAUCCACCGCGUGCGCUACUUCGGGGGCCGCGACAAGGGCAGGAGGGAGUUCCCUCGUGCCAAGCACAAAUGAGCCCCGCUGCCUCCUUGGUGGGACACCCGAGUUUAGUUUUUCUUUAAUGAACAACCCAACUUCAAAGGGUCGGUGAUCUUCGGCUCCAUCCCUGUGCAACUGGCAGCUACUCUUCUAUCCCUCUUCUUACAGUUUUUCAGCUUUCAAACAAAGCCCUUUUGGCCACAA